UUUUGCGAGAAACAUAACAGCGCCACCUGGUACAAGACUUGCAGGAACUUAACACAGGAAUCAGUUCCACAUUUUGGCAGAAUUUCUGAACUUGCGAUUAACAUUCUGAAAGGAGUAUCCAAGACACGGUUUAGUGAUGUUGUUCCAUUUAGGAGAGUUCUUUAAGAUAUUAGAGAGUCACAUAACACAGAUAUAGCUGUUUUAUGGAGGAUUUGGUGUCCACAUGGGAAUAUUCAUCACCAAAAAAUCUGCUAAAAUUCGGAUUAUGUCGGCAGACAUUAACUUCAAUGUUUACAAUUACUAUAACAUAAGCUCUUAGGAUCUUAUUACCAAUAUCAGUUCGUUCUGACAUAAAUGCACUGGUUAACAUCGACGUGCAAUAUUUCAGAAUUUCUUCGUGAUUUUAUUCAUAAAGCAUCAAUGAGAAAACAAUAUGAUUUUAACGAAAGAAAAUCCUCAUCUCAUGAACAAUUACUACAACAAUAUCCUGAAACAAAUUCACUCAGUGACGUGUGAUGGCAAAGAUAUUAACGACUAUGGCAUAUCUCUAUCUUUAUUUAAUUUUUCUGGUGCAGUUCAUUCCGAAUAUUACUCCGCAAUGUGUUCAUGACGAGCUACCGAAGCCAGCAUUAAUUACAAAAGACGUUAAUUAUGGUGACGUGAAAUCAGCCAGAAGUAAACGUGUGCCGCAAAACUUUUAUAAACCUUUACGGAUUCAUCCAAUAUUUGAAUUAAGUUUUGAAUUAUCGAAUGAAAACAAAACAUCGGUGAAAGAAGCCAUUAAUAAAGCCAACGGAAAAAUUAAAAAACUCUUGUCAGUUUUACCUGUAAAAGGUAAUUUGGUAUUAAAGAGAUCAGCUUGUUUAUUGAUGUGGAAAGAAGGACCAAAUAAAAACAGAUGUUAUAAGAUGAAAAAAGGAUAUAGAGGAGAAUAUUGUUUGGAACAUUUUAGAAUACCUAUGGUACAUCUAGAGGGUUUUAAUCUAUAUGAUCGAUCUAAUAUAUCAGCUACCUAUGAAGUUUAUGAACAGGGUGUUGGUGUACAAGACGCUGAUUUUAUUCUUUAUAUCACAUCACAAACCACGACUACUUGUCAACGUGGUGAUCGAGUGGUAUAUGGAUACGCUGCUAAUUGUCAAGUGGACCAAAAUGGCCGACCAAUAGCAGGAGUUGUUAAUUUUUGUCCAGCUACGUUAAAACAAUCAAAAGAAUACACACAAGACCACCUGUACAUAACUGCUUUACAUGAAAUGUUCCAUGCUUUAGGAUUUUCAAAAACGAUGUUUACAGAAUUUAAAGAUUGCUCGAAAUCAGCAGACGGUACAAACUGUCCAACCCGGUCUCAACCAGUUUUACGACCUGUCGAUGGUGUUACUAGACUGACUACUCCAUCUGUUAAACAAAAAACACAACAACACUUCGCUUGUAUGACAGAGGCUAUUUAUGGUGGUCCCAUGGAUUCAAAAAAUGACAUCAUCACAUCUCACUGGGACUCCAGGAUAAUGCACGGUUCGUUGAUGAUGUCACAGAGUAUACAGCCACACCUAACCUAUAUAGAUGAGAUAACUCUAGCUGUAUUUGAAGAUUCAGGAUGGUAUAAAGUAGAUUAUAGUCAAGCUGAUCGUUUUCUCUGGGGGAAAGGACAAGGUUGUAAAUUUGGUUUAAAAGAAUACUGUGGUAGUCAAAGAGAAUUCUUCUGUCAAGGAAGUGGUAAUGGAUGUGAUUAUAUGGGAUUAGAUAAAGGUGUUUGUAGGACAGAUACUCAUAUUAAACCAUGUAGAAUAUAUACACCCUCAUCACAGGACCAAUGUUUUAAAAAGUUUGGUGUCAGAUAUUCAAAUGAUUAUGGAGAAACAUUUUCCGAAUCAAGUAGAUGUUUUGUUUCUAGUCUUUUUCCUAAGUAUUUAAAUACGAGUGAAAUUCAAUCCGUUGGUCGAUGUUACGAACAUAGAUGUAAACGUGCUGGUCAUGUUCAAAUUAAAUUGAGGAAAUCUGAUUGGAUAGAUUGUUUACCUGGAAGUACUAUACAGAUUACAGGUUACAGUGGUAGUAUAAUAUGUCCAACUAAUCCUCAUAUCCUGUGUUCUCAAGAUCAACUAGUAACAUCAACAGCAGCUCAUACACAAUCUACUACACACCGAAUCCGUGAUCCAGACUUCGAAGCCAUACCAAUAAAAAUCUUCUUUUCACAAGACAACCUGACACAACUUAUGGAUCCAACAUUCCGUUCCCAGUUUGAAGCUUCCUUCAUUCGUAAAGUUAUAUCUGUGAUUCCCGUGUCAAGAGACAGAAUCCAGAACUUUUCAGCUGACCCUGAAAAUAACACUGUUACAUUCUGGCUUCAUCCACCCAAUGUAUUAAAUAAUGUGAGUUCUGAAGAUAUAGAAUAUCAACUCGAGAUGGUUGUUCUCAACGGUAGAUUCUGGGUUCAUGUUGAAGCUGAUGGAAAGAAUUCCACUUUUUAUGCAAAUGGAAUCUCAAAUAGAUCUGAAAUUAGUAUAUGGUUAAAUGAGAAGAAAGUGUAUAAUCCCGGCCAUGGUUUAAAGAGUGAUAUAUUAAUAGGAACAAUAGUAGGAUCUAUAGUUUUUAUCGCGCUGGCUAUUUCUGUGUUUUUAUUAAUCAACAAGAAGACGACAGAUAUAAUGAUUAGUCCGGACAUAUCGUCAGUUUCCGCGUCCCCGGCCACGCCCAGACCAAGUCCUUACAGAAAAAAUCGUGCUCUUGGAGCAUCAUCGAUGCCGUCGAUAGAAGAGAGCCAGGAGUUUAUUCCUAUGGAGAUAGAUGAUAGCCAAGCUAUAGAGGUCCUUGUUUGAUUUAAUCGGUGCUAUGAUUAAAUGUUGGCUGAAUAUCAAAUGUUUCGGAGAUCUCUUUUGUUUUAAGGUGAUCAGAAAUGCAUAUUGUUUUUGUAUCAAAGAUAUCUCCGAUUUUCAUUUCAAUUCUUUUAAAAAUUAUACUUUUGUUUAGAAAGAUACAUAUAAAGAUAGGUUUAGUCUAUGUUUUCAUACAAACAAUUUAUUUAGAAAUUUACAGAAAAGAUAUCUAUAAUACCUAUUACUUUGAUGAAAGUAUUUUUGAAGUGUCAUGAAAGUUUGUAUCAGAAGUGAAAAAGAGAACCUAAUAUAUACAUGUAGUCAUUUUUUAUCUCUUCUCAAAGUUAGAAAUUUUUGUGAAACUCGUCCCAGUUGAUAUUUAUGGUUAAUCUAAAAUCCUUACUUUGGUAAAAGUAUUUUUGUGGUUUGUAGAAGCUAAUGAACAUCUUGGUCAUUUGCUAUCCCUUCUGAAAAAUUGUGAUUUUGGGAAGUUUGUAAUUUUUAUGCAACUUGCGUGGUUUGAAUGUGAAUACAGACAUCUGUGACAUUGAGAUCAUACGUGGACAUGUUUUAAUGUUCUCAUAUGAAAUAUUGAUAUAGAUGUGUAAAUCGCUGACAAGAGUGGAAUUUCUCACUGUGAGAUGUUUCAAAAUGGCCCAGAUGUCUAUGACAAGAGUGGAAUUUAUCACAGUGAGAUGUUAAUGGCCCAGAUGUCUAUGACAACAGUGGACUUUAUCACUGUGAGAUAUUAAUGGCCCAGAUGUCUAUGACAAUAGGAGAAUUUCUCACUGUGAGAUAUUAAUGGCCCAGAUGUCUAUGACAACAGUGGACUUUAUCACUGUGAGAUGUUAAUGGCCCAGAUGUCUAUGACAAGAGUGGUCUUUAUCACUGUGAGAUAUUAAUUGCCAAGAUGUCUAUGACAAUAGGAGAAUUUAUCACAGUGAGAUAUUUUAAAAUGGCCCAGAUAUCUAUGACAACAGUGGAAUUCCUCACUGUCAGAUGUAUAUGGCCCAGAUGUCUAUGACAAGAGGUGAAUUUAUCACAGUGAGAUAUUUCAAAAUGACCCAAAUGUCUAUGACAACAGGAGAAUUUAUCACAGUGAGAUAUUUCAAAAUGGCCCAGAUGUCUCUAACAAGAGUAGAAUUUAUCACUGUGAGAUAUUAAUGGCCCAGAUGUCUAUGACAAUAGGAGAAUUUAUCACAGUGAGAUAUUUCAAAAUGACCCAGAUGUCUAUAACAAGAGUAGAAUUUAUCACUGUGAGAUAUUAAUGGCCCAGAUGUCUAUGACAAGAGUUGAAUUAAUCACUGUCAGAUGUAUAUGGCCCUGAUUUCAAUGACAACAGUGGAAUUUCUCACUGUCAGAUAUAUAUGGCCCAGAUGUCUAUGACAACAGGAGAAUUUAUCACAGUGAGAUAUUUUAAAAUGGCCCAGAUGUCUAUGACAUCGGAAUUUAUCACUGUAAGAUAUUAAUGGUUCAGAUAUCUAUGAAAAUAGUAGAAUUUAUCACAAUGGAAUUUCUCACUGUGAGAUUAAAAUGGCCCAGAUGUCUAUGACAAGAGUAGAAUUUAUCACUGUUAGAUGUCUAUGAAAAUAGUAGAAAAUAUCACUGUGAGAUAUACUAUAUAUCAGAAAUAAUAAACAGAGUGAUUUGUAUCAUAUUUGUAUAUUCCCUGUAAAAUAUAUUAGAUUAAAGUAUAUGUGAUCUUUUUAACAUAUAUGUAUUUUCCUUUUCUUUUUAUCAUUUUAAGAUCUCGGAGUAUUGUUUGAAAGGGUUUUAAACUUUCAUUUGUUUGUUGUUUAUAAAUAUAUUUAUUCUCAAUUUGAGAAAUAAUCUGUAAAUAAUAUUAGUCUAGUUUAGAAUUUUAUUCAAGUUGAAAUGAAAUAUUUGUACUAAAGCUGGGUUUAGACUGAGUGAUUUAUACGUGGGUUCCAAAACAUGAAGUCAAUAUCCGUGAUGUGAUUUGAAAUUAUGAUGUUAUAAUUAUGAUGUUAUGAUGUUCUAAUUAUGAUGUUCUAAUUAUGA